UCGCGGUAUCCCAGCGAUCACGCGGUACGCACAACGUCACGACGCAUUGACGGGGAAGGAGCGGCUUUAAACAUGGCGGCUACAAUGGAGCCAGCUACGUUGCGCAGCUCGUGUGCUCUCCCGAAAUCGGUGCCCCCGUCGCGGAUGCGUUGAUUCUCGAGGAUAGUUAAUUAUUUUUAGUGAAGAAACGGACCCUCUAGUGAGUGACUGUAGCCCAGCGGCGUCGUUCUGGAAGAAAUUCCGUGUCUCCUUCGAGGAAGUUGUACGACCCGAUCAUGAUGGCAUCCGUGGGCUGCGGAGCCAUCUUGGCGACACCGAACUCGAAGGUCUAAGCAGGAAGUCUUCGCCUACGUUGGGGUCGGAGACCUCUGGAUUUGCCUCCUGUGCUACUCCGGACUGUUUUUUGGACUCCGGGAGUGACUUUUUUUGCCCGGAACUGUGCUUCGACUCGUGAAUUAGUGCCGGCGACGUUGCCCUACAGCCCGAUCGGCGUGUUAGGCCUAACCCUCCACGUCGGCCACGAAGCGUCUGCAGCCCUUGCGAGGAAACAUGGACAUGUCGGAUGCUGCAAGCAACAGUUCCAAUGCAUCCGAGAGCGACUCGGACUCUGGUGGAUCAUGCUCUGGAUCCAGCUCCGCAAUGCAGAGCCGGAAAUCUGUGUCUGCUUCACCAAAGCUAGAUUCCAGUAACCAGACAGCAAGGACAGGAGAUGACGAUGAUGACAGAAAUGGAAGUGAGUCUGGCAGCAAUCAAGCGUCUAGCUCGGAGAGCGAUAGCCAAAACUCGGACGCCGAGAGUGAUGCUCCCAGUGCCCCUUCCCAACAGCGACGGGUCUCCGAGAGCUCUGCUCAUGAUGAAAGCUCUCGGGACGAGCGGCGGAAACGGCCCAGCAACUCACGACCCGCAAAGCAAGUCUGGGACGAAAACCCGGACAUGUACGGCGUGCGUCGAUCUGGUCGUUAUCGCAAGGAGCCAGAGCGGUACACCAUUGAUGAAUCUGAGGGUAGUGACACAAAAAAGGCAUCCCGAAGCAAUGCUGCACGAUCCCGGAAAGCUUCGGCUGACUGGAGAUCAAGUGGCAACAGUGAUAGCGAUGACAGUGAUGCGGCGGUGCGACCUCGUAAAGCUGCUCCCAAGCGGGCACCUCCCCCAAAGCGGCAGCCCGCAGCAUCGCAGCGGCGCCAGGCAAACCGUGUCACCUACCACAGCUCUGAUGAGAGCUCCGACGAGCCGUCAUCGGAUGAUGACAGUGACGACGAUGGAAAGCGGCAAGGGACUCGGCGAGCUGCUAAGACAGUCAGCUACAAGGAGCAGAGUGCGGAGGAGACUGGCUCGGAUGACCUUGUGGAGGUAGAAUAUGAUGAACAGGCAGCCGCUGCCGAGGCCUCCAACUCUGAGACAGUCGAGAGAGUAAUUGACCAUCGUGUGGGCAAAAAAGGAGCCACGGGAGCCUCAACUACGGUGUAUGCGGUGGAGGAAUUUGGGGAUCCGAAUGCUGGUGCAGCCGAGCUGCCAGACGCCGAGAAGGAAACGCAGUACCUGAUCAAAUGGAAGGGCUGGUCGCACCUCCAUAACACCUGGGAGAGCAUGCAGACACUGCAGGAGCAGAAGGUCAAGGGCCUCAAGAAGCUGGAGAACUACAUCAAGCGUGAGGACGAGCUUCGGAACUGGCGUGACAAUGCCAGCCCCGAAGACAUUGAGUACUACGAGUGCCAGCAGGAGCUCUCCGAGGAGUUGCAGUUCAAGCACAUGGAAGUGGAGAGGAUUAUUUCACAUGCCCCGGCGAAAAGUGGUGAGGCUGAGCAGAUGGACUACCUGUGCAAGUGGGAUGGCCUGCCCUACUCUGAUUGCACCUGGGAGGACGGUAACCUGAUCAAGCGCAAGUUCCAACACGUCAUUGACCAGUAUCACGCUCGCCAGAAAUCACAGAAAAUACCCAGUAAAGUGUGCAAGGUGCUGAAGGUGCGCCCAAAGUUUUCCCCACUGAAGACCCAGCCAUCGUACAUUGGCGGACCCCAGAAACUUGAACUCAGAGACUACCAGUUAGAAGGCUUGAACUGGCUGGCGAACUCAUGGUGCAAGGAGAACGGAGUGAUCCUGGCGGACGAGAUGGGCUUGGGAAAAACAAUUCAAACGAUCAGCUUCCUGACGUACCUGUUUAACCAUCAUGCCCUCUAUGGGCCUUUCCUGCUGGUUGUGCCUCUCUCCACAUUGGCAUCCUGGCAGAAGGAGUUUGCUCAGUGGUCUCCUGACAUGAAUGUCGUCGUCUAUCUUGGAGACGUUUCCUCUCGCAGCAUGAUUCGUGAGCAUGAGUGGUGUCAUCCAGGCAACAAGAGACUGAAGUUUAAUGCAAUUCUGACCACAUACGAGAUUCUUCUGAAGGACAAAGGCUUCUUGGGCAACGUCAGCUGGGCUGUUCUUGGAGUUGAUGAGGCACACAGGCUCAAGAAUGAUGACUCCCUCCUGUACAAGUCACUCUUUGAAUUCGACACAAAUCAUCGCCUCCUCAUUACUGGCACACCGCUGCAGAACUCAUUGAAGGAACUCUGGGCACUACUUCACUUCAUCAUGCCUCAAAAGUUUGAUUCUUGGGAGGACUUUGAGGCAGAGCACAAAGAGAGCGCUGACAAGGGCUACACCAAGCUGCACAAGCAGCUUGAGCCAUUCCUUCUGCGGCGAGUCAAGAAAGAUGUGGAGAAGUCGCUGCCAGCAAAGGUUGAGCGCAUCCUUCGUGUGGAAAUGACCACUGUGCAGAAGCAGUAUUACAAGUGGAUUCUGACGAAAAACUACAAGGCACUUUCCAAGGGCCUGAAGGGGUCUCAAUCUGGUUUCAUUAACAUCAUGAUGGAGCUCAAGAAAUGCUGCAAUCAUGCCAUGCUCAUUCGACCACCUGACAAUCCUAACAACCUGGAUGCACUGCAGCAAAUCAUCCGGGGCAGUGGCAAGCUACUGCUGCUGGACAAGCUGCUGUGCCGGCUGCGGGAGACGGGCCACCGUGUGCUGGUAUUCUCACAGAUGGUGCGCAUGCUGGACAUCAUAGCAGACUACCUGCAGAUGCGCAGGUUCCCGUUUCAGCGCCUUGAUGGCUCCAUCAAGGGCGAGCUUCGGCGGCAAGCCCUCGAUCACUUCAAUGCUGAUGCCUCGCAGGACUUCUGUUUCCUGCUCUCCACGAGGGCGGGUGGUCUGGGUAUCAACCUCGCGACGGCCGACACGGUGGUCAUCUUCGACAGUGAUUGGAACCCACAGAAUGACCUCCAGGCUCAGGCCAGAGCCCACAGAAUUGGCCAGAAAAAUCAGGUGAACAUCUACCGUCUUGUGACUAAAAACAGUGUGGAGGAAGACAUCAUUGAACGUGCAAAACGGAAAAUGGUUUUGGACCAUCUGGUCAUUCAGCGAAUGGACACCACUGGACGUACAGUGCUUUCCAAGAGCAAUGCACCAUCUAGCAACACAACUCCUUUCAACAAAGAAGAAUUGGCGGCCAUACUGAAAUUCGGUGCUGAAGAGCUCUUCAAAGAAACUGAGGAAGGAGACGAGGAGCCUCAGGUUGACAUUGAUGAAAUCCUUCAACGAGCUGAGACAAGAGAAGAGCAGCCAUCUACUGUUGGAGAUGAACUUCUAGGUUCUUUUAAGGUUGCUAGUUUCAAUUUCACCGAAGAAGAGGAAGUGGGUGCUGUGUCUGCCAAGGGGCUCGCUGAAGACGAGUCAUCCCAAAGCAAAGACUGGGAUGACAUCAUCCCCGAGGCUGACCGCAAGAAAGUUGAGGAGGAGGAGCGACUGAAGGAGGAGCUUGAGCUUUACCUGCCGCCUCGAAGUCGCAAGUCCAUCCAUCAGACUGCAAAUUCAGACAGUGAAGACGGGCGAUCACGGAGGAGAGACAGGGGCUCUGGUGCUGGCUCAAACGGAUCAGAUGACGACUCUCGUCCACGAAAGCGUGGCCGCCCGCGGCUUAUUCCACGCGACACGGUCAAAGGCUUCACGGAUGCUGAGAUUCGCCGUUUCAUCAAGAGCUACCGCAAGUUCCCUGCCCCGUCUAAAAGACUCGAUGCAGUUGCGCUGGAUGCUGAGCUUCAAGAGAAGCCUCUGGCUGACCUUAAACGGUUGGCAACCAUGUUGCACACUGGCUGUGAGCAGGCCAUGAAGGAGAACCAGGCAUCUGCUGCAAACACCGACACUCCGGAUGCCAACAACGGAGGUGCACCGGGGCGGCGGAGACACCAGCGCACAACCUUCAAGCUGUCUGGCGUGUCGGUGAAUGCCAAGUCGGUGCUGGCCAGCUACCAAGAGCUCAGUGUGCUAGACUCUAUGCUACCAGUGAGUGCGGAAGAGCGAAGGCACUGGACAAUAGAUUUGCCCACCAAGGAUGCCCACUUCGACACCCCGUGGUCCGUGGCUGAGGAUUCUGCUCUGCUCAGGGGCAUCUAUGAGCACGGCAUGGGCAGCUGGGAGUCCAUUAAGAUGGACCCCAACUUGGGUCUCACUAACAAGAUCCUUCCGGAUGGUGAGGAGCUGAAGCCUCAGUGUAAGCACCUGCAGAGCCGUGCUGACUAUCUUCUCAAGCUGCUGCGCAGGGUGCACGCUCGGCAGAUGGCACUGAAGGAGGGAAAGGAAAAGCCAAAGCGAAACCGAAAAGCCCGUCCAGAAAAGGUCCAUCUCAGCAAAGCUAUUGUUGACAAUGAUGACAGCAAUGACAGUGACACUGCUAUGUCUUCCAAAUCACGCAAAUUCAAAGUAAAGACAGAAGAUGACAGCCACCAAAACAAUGCUCUAGCAGUUAUUGAUGGUGUGGCCAAGGGUCUCAACAUCAGCCCCAGUGCGCCUGUGCCUGAUUCCAAGCUCGGUGCCGACGGUGGAGGUCCGAAAGCAAAGCGAAAAAAGAAGGAAAAGGAUAAGGACAAGGUCAAGGAUGGCAAGGACAAGGACAAGGACAAAAAGAAGAAGAAGAAGGUUGGUCCACUGAGCCUACUCCACGAAGGUGCAGCGGAAGGUGCAAAGCCCAAGGUGAAGAAGGAGAUGCCCGCAAUGCACUAUACUGCCAAUGCUGCACCGCAAGUCAUAGAAGCCACUGGUGACCUGGACUUGCUGCUGUUCAAUGAGUGCAAGGAGAAGAUGCGGCCAGUGAAGCGGGCUCUCAAACAGCUGGACACGCCCGACGCCUCAAUGAAUGAUGACGAACAAGUAAACCACACACGGCUCUGUCUGCUGAAAAUUGGUGAACACAUCAAUGAAUGCUGCAAUGAGUACUCAGACCCAGAAAAGGCAAAGCAAUGGCGUUCCCACCUGUGGUCAUUUGUGGCCAAGUUCACAGAACUGGAUGCCAAGGCAUUGUUCCGACUGUACCGGCAUGCACAAAAGAAAAACGAAAGUGCCGAUAAAUCUGCUGAUCGCACCAAGGACACCGACAAGAAGGACCACGACAAGAGGCCGAGACUACAUGACGAGGGGAGCCAGCCUGGCAGUACUCACAGCAGCAUUCAUGGAAGUGGGCACGGCAGUCAUCACGGCAACAGUGGACAGCACGGGAGCAGCAGCCAGCAUGGUUCCAGUCAGCACAGCGGCAGCCAGUAUGGCAGCAGUAGUCAGCAUGGCGGGCAACAUGGCAUCAAGAGGCACGCUGAGGACGACCACAAGAGGCCUAACAAGCGACCGCACGACGACAAACCACGGGACAAAAGAAACGACGGUGGUGGCAGCAACAGUCACAACAAAGGUGGUGGUGGCAGCAGUGGUGCAUAUCGUGACCGGGGUAGCAGCGGCUACCAGAAGGGCUCCAACAGCUACAACCACCCUCCCCACCGACCGUCAUCAUUCCAGCAGGGUCAAGAACGGUGGAACCACGAGAACCCUGCAUCCGGCUGGGAUAGGUAUAACAAUGAUUACAACAAGCAUGACCCAUACCGUCAUUACCAGGGAAAUCGCGUAGAUGAUCAGGCCUACAAACGAGACAAAGAUCCCAGGACACAACAUCCUGACAGAAGGUACCACGGUGGAAGUGGAGGCAGCAACUUUGGGCCAUACGGUAUACCACCAGUAGCAGCGGCAUCGGUACCUUACGCAGCUGGUUAUGGAGCAGUACCGGUGCCAACCGGCACUCUUCAGCCACCGGGCGCAAUGCCUGAACACCACACAAGCCCUUUGGGCCCCUACAGCCCUUACCAAGGGCACGCAGACUCAUGGAGGCGGAAAGAACGUACCAACAGCGGAGGAAGUGGUGGCUACUCGCGACCUCCUGGUGGCGGUGGCCAUUUCGAUCGACCACCCGAUGCACCUAAGCACGUCUAGGUGGCAUUCUACAUGAGUCGUGGGCUUCUGUAAUGCAUCAACGUUGCACGCUGCCAGAAAUUGCUGUCCUGUUUGGCAGCAAAGUGAGCUAAAGCCUUGGCAGUCUUCUGGCCUCAUCAAGACAGCUUUCGUCAGUAGCCAGACUCCCACUGCAAGACCUGGGAGUUGACCUCGGUUUUGGACUCUUGGAUCUCUCCGCAGCUUCGCUGGCUCAACAAAUUUACCUUAACAGAUGUGUUGGGAAAGCAAGCCAGUGCAGCAUACACAGCUUGUGGGGGUGGCUGUUUCUUCUAGGGCAGUACUGCUUGGACAUCUUGCAUCGAAUGCACGAGGUGCCAUGGUGUAAACUUCAGAUUGUGCAGUCAGUCUGGUCAUCAAUGCUAUGUUGUCAUGGAGGUUAAACGUCUUUUGUACAUUUUUUUUCCUGUGUUUUCUCAGUACUGUGUUGACUCAUGCAUUUUCUUUUGUGACUGGCAGCCACUCUGCACAAUUGGCGGCCACUUAUUGCCUUUUCUAAUGCAUUCCAGCUUCUUGAAAUGAAUCUUGGCAGUCUGUGAUUCUCUGUGUGGCACUGGAGAGACACUGCCUGCAAGCAGCAGUGUUUGCCGUAAAAUUGCGGUUGGCAAAGUACUUCGCGAAGCUGUGCCACAUGUAGUUACUAUCGAGGAGGUCCGAGUCUCUUGGCAUGUAUUUCUCCAUUCAAGCUGCGGCCAUGGGACAGGAUCAAAAGUUUACAGAAUUGAAUGAUUUUGUCGAUUUCCACCACUAUCCUUCUGCAUUCAGGCACACCUUUGUUGCUCCCUUUGUUGUUAAGGCCGCAUCCGCUGUGAUCGGCCGCCAAACAGGCCCAGGCCACAUUUUGUUCAGAGUUGGCUUUCCUGAGCAGUUCCUGUCGUAUAAAGCCGAGAGUUGUUGGGCAUAUGCCGUGUAGAUAGUUUAUAUUUCUUGUUCAGAGCUUUACACAGCAAACACGCGUUUAUUGCAAAAAUGCAUGCACAAGUCAUCAGUGGCCAAAGACGGUAUUGCUAAUCGCACAAGAAAUGAGACACCUGGGUUGCACAUGUGCCACGGCGUCUCUGUGCUUUAGUCGACUUGCAAUGCUCGAAGCACACAGUGCUUCAAAGUAGAACAAUUUUGGUGAAAACUGAAAGAUUUUGCAUGUGAAGAUUCGUGAAACGUGUCACAUGUUCGGGAUCGUGCAUUAGGCGUGCCCUUGGUCAAAACCUUGGUAAGUGCGCCAUGUUAACGAGACGGAAGUCUCAUUCUAAGCACCAGUGAAGUUGUGAUAAAGUUGUGGACUCCUUUUUUUUUCUGUAUGAACAUCUUAGUCGUGUGACCUCAUUUGGAUGAUUGAGCUGUGUGGAACUAUGUAAGUUGUGCUCCGACGUGAUAGCUUAAAGUCCCAAUGGACUUAGGCAUUGUGUGCCCAAUGGAAUCAAAAUCUUUUGUGGUGAUUGGUGUACAUAAAUGUGUGAUUACUUAGGUAGUAGAUGAUGAUUGGGGACCAAACACUAGUCCCAAAUUAUGUACAGACAGAGAGAGUGUUUAUUUAGCAAUUUUUGUAAUAUGUUUUGCCAUGAAGAAAAAAAAAAACUCGACGAAA